AUGCCUCCAAAGAGAAAGACUGGCACCAGAUCCACUAGACGAAACAAGAAGGAGGAGGAAGAACAAGAUCAACAACUAAUUGAGGAGGAUGUUCCAGAAGUUGAAGAGCCACCAAAGAAACAAGCUCGUGGGAGAGGUAAAAAGAAGAAAGUUGAGCCAGCUGAAGAAAAACAAGAACAAUCAGAGAAGGAGCUCACAAAGGAAAAUAUUGAACCGGAAGAAGAACCAGCUGUGCCAUCAAAGAAACAACAAUCAAAAGUAAGCCCUAUAACUACAUCGAAAUCCAUUGCACCAGCAUCUCCUUCCAAGAGAGUCUCAUCAAUUUCAUCUAGAAUACCAUCACCUGUCAAAAAGCAUCCGUUAGGAUCUAAUAAACCAGAUCUAGAGUUCAAGAAAACAGAACAAGCCAUUAAUCAAAACUUUGUAUCGAAGAAUUUGCCAAAAUUAAGUUCAAUAAUAGAUGAUUUGAAAUCUUCAAAAGCUGAUGCAUUGUUUGAUGAACUAAAAUGCUCCACGGAGACUCGUUUUAAAACUUCAGAUGAUUUGAUAAAUUCAUUAACUUCAAGAAAUCAACAAUUAUCAAUAGAGUUGGAAGAAUUAAGAGGUCGUUUAUCAGAGUUGGAAAACAAUCCAAAUGGUGAUGUUCAACCAAUUGCGAAUGAAGAAGAAUCAUUUCAAAAUGAAUUGAUACUAGAUAUGAUGGAACAAAUUGUUGGUUUAAGAAUUCAUAGUGUUGAAGAUACCGAUGAAGCAUUAUCAUUCGAUUGUUCACAAUCUGGUAAGAAUGGUGUUCUGGAUUAUAAACUCACAAUUCCAAAGGAAGACUCUUCCGAAAUCAUUUAUACGCCUGUGAACAAGGAAGAAUCGAAUGAUUUGAAAAAAUACUUACCAGAAUAUUUCUUUGAUGACUUAACUUUCCCAAUUGAUACCCUACAACAAUUUUACCACAAAAUCUACAGAGGCUUGAACAAAUGA